AACAACUUCGUUUCUUGCGCGUCGAUUCGAAUGUCGGUCUGGAAGAGCGUCAUGUCCGUGUCGUUCCAUAGCCACGGCAUUCGUAGACAAUGGGAAUCCGUCGCAGCUAAUACAAUCUGCGUUAGUGCCGGUUUCAAAGGCGCCUAUCUAUUCGAUCAGGGCAGAGCGGACGCUGAAACUAUCCUGGCAUUCCUCAGAACUGCCAAACAAGCUGGUCUCAUUACACACUUAGACAUACUGGACAUUGAUCAUGACAGUCUGUUCAUAACACGUAGACAGACACUGAUGACUCAAUGUGUCUGUGACCAGAGAGACUGCUUCAGGCGCAUCUCGUUUAUUGAUGUUUCUCCUCAUCGAGAGCAUCCCUGCUUUGUGUCCGACGGUGAGAGAAGAAUGAUAAUACAACAGCUUGGUGUCUUGACUGACAACCUACUUAGUGCAUUAUCGAGUGGAUCAUACAUCUUGCCUAAGACAAUUGCAGUCAAAUCACAUCCCGAUUUACCUCUCUGUGUCUUAUUUGGUUAUCUACUUGGAUAUCCUAUUAUUUACUGGACGGACAACGUCGACCCGUGCGCCUCCAAUUGUUUGGGAAUGGUUUCUUUGAGGAGACACACAGCCGUCAUGUCUAGUAGAGAGUUGAGAGAGCAAAUCGUAUCGUCUUUCAGUUUGCCUGAGAACCUGUGUGUUGGUGUUGAGUGUCACGUGGCCAAAUGGAAGGAACAGUUUGCUGUGGAUUGUUUGGAUGCAAAAUGUGGUGACUUCUCGUUUACGUUUAGUGAGCAGUCUUUCGUCUUCCCACAAGUUGCUUUGUGAUGCCAUGCCAACAGGAAGCCAUUCUUAAUUUAGGGGAUGGGUGAGUCUUUUCAACCACAAUCACAUUGAAGUUAUGGUGAGAUGGCCAAGCUCAAGAUUGAACUUGCGGCCAUUAUGAAACCAAAAAAUCUGGGACAUCAGUUGGAAAGGGUCUUUUACCAA